AUGGUCAACUUUGGCGUCUCUAGGGCGUGCGAUACGUGCAAAAAGCGUCGGAAAAAGUGCGAUGAGACUCGUCCAGCUUGUCUUCGUUGUGUCAAGUCUCGGCAGCAAUGUCCUGGUUACAAAGACGACUCUUCACUGCUAUUCCGUCAUUACUCACCCAGAAACAGACUCAUAACUCCAACGUUAGAGAGAUGGCUACCAAAUGCUGACUAUAUUCUGGAGGCGAAUGCCGUUGAUAUCUUCCUAGACGAGCUGGUAGUUCGAUCUCUUGACCAGAACCAUUCACGGGGUUUUCUAGAUGGCAUGCAUGGUACAUUCGCUUCUUCUCCUCCCAACUCUACUCUCAUGUCUGCUGCCAAGGUUGUCGUUCUUGCAUCACUGGCCAAUCGCUACCGAAGACAGUCUCUUUUCAGUAUGGUCCGUACGCAGUAUGGUCAGCUUCUUGGUGACUACGUGGCAUCUCUGUCAUUAUCGUCAGAGAGUCUAUCACCAGAGCAGUUUUUUACUGCUGUUCUGUUGGGAAUUUAUGAGCUCAUGGCAUGCAACAUAUCCUCACCGACACGGCACCUGGUCCAUGUUCAAGGACUUGGCUCCAUCCUUCAGAGAGGCAUCUCCUCGUCUCCAGCAGCGUCCCAUAUCGGCGUUCACCUUCCCGGAAGUUGGCUCAUCAGCAAAGGGGCGGUCCUGAGUCGGGACCGCCCAGAAGACACAUUUUUAACUGAUGUGGAGAUAUCUCAGGCUCAUACGCAAGGGGCAGGGAUUUUAUGCCCUCCAAUUCACAAUAAUCCCCACCGUUCUCUGGACCAGAUAAUGGUUCAAUUAGCCCCUCUCACAGCACGUUCUGAGAAACUUUUGGCCACCCCUGUUCCGUCAAGAAGCGCACUGUCGGAUCUUUAUCAAGCCUUGAUAGUAUUCCGUGACGAGAUCGCAUUUUGGGCUGAUAACCAGCCAACGGCAUGGCGGCCAGAGCUUGUUGGCCAUGUUUUGCAGGACUCGACGACAGCAGGGGAAAUUCCGUGGAUAUGCGCUGGCCCUGUGGAGAGAUAUUUUGACUGUAAGAUCAAUCGCAUACCUCUCGGUUAUUUGGAUAUGAGACUUACUCGUUUCGCAGUAUUUGUUGGGACGGCUUGGAACUCAUGGCGCUCAAUGUACAUUGUCUGGCUAGAUCAGUUAUACCAUGUCUCCAAGGCACUUGGGAAACACGAAUUUAUACCGCACUAUGUCGGUAUAGUGGAUAGCCUAGUUGCAGGUCUCAAGGCCUCCAUCCCAUACCAUCUUUCUCGCGACGUUGAGGAUUGA